GAAAGAAAAAAAAGCUUUUUUUUUUUACAAGAAACAAGAUAAAAAAAGAUGAAAUUCAUUUUCUUACAUGAAAAAAUUGAAUUUCAUAAUAAUAAUUAUAAAGCUUUUUAAAUCUGAAAACACUUCAAUAACUAGUUUCCUCGCGGUGGCAACGACGUCGUUGCAGCCCCAAUUCUUCGUCGUCAUUGAAGCCCCAAUUCUCCGUCGUAAUUUUCAUUCACCACCACCGUAACACUGCUCCAAAUCCGAUCUAAUCCACCGAUCAACCACCGCAUCAUCAAUGUCAGGGGCAGCUUCUGCUCUGUUCCUCCUCGACAUCAAAGGCCGCAUCCUCGUCUGGCGUGACUACCGCGGCGACGUCUCCGCCAUCGAAGCCGAACGUUUCUUCACCAAACUCAUCGAUAAACAGGCUGAUGAACAAUCUCAAGAUCCGGUUGUUUACGAUAAUGGUGUUACGUAUAUGUUUAUUCAACAUAGCAAUGUUUAUCUUGUGAUCGCUGCGAGACAGAAUUGUAAUGCAGCUAGUCUUCUCUUCUUCUUGCAUCGAUUAGUUGAUGUGUUUAAGCAUUAUUUUGAAGAAUUAGAAGAGGAAUCCCUUAGAGAUAACUUUGUUGUUGUGUAUGAGCUACUUGAUGAAAUUAUGGACUUUGGUUACCCUCAGUAUACCGAGGCAAAGAUUCUUAGUGAAUUUAUUAAGACCGAUGCUUAUAGAAUGGAAGUUACUCAGAGACCUCCAAUGGCUGUGACUAAUGCUGUGUCUUGGCGAAGCGAAGGGAUAAGUUACAAGAAAAAUGAGGUUUUCUUGGAUGUGGUGGAGAGUGUUAAUAUACUUGUCAAUAGCAAUGGACAGUUAAUUAGAUCUGACGUUGUUGGGGCGCUGAAGAUGAGAACAUUUUUGAGUGGUAUGCCCGAGUGUAAACUUGGUUUAAAUGAUAGAGUGUUAUUAGAGGCACAAGGCAGAACAACCAAGGGAAAAGCGAUAGACUUGGAAGACAUUAAAUUUCAUCAGUGUGUCCGGUUGGCUCGAUUUGAAAAUGAUCGAACUAUUUCUUUCAUACCUCCUGAUGGAUCGUUCGAUUUGAUGACAUACAGGCUCAGUACACAGGUUAAGCCUUUAAUUUGGGUGGAAGCAAAUGUUGAAAAGCACUCAAAGAGUCGGAUUGAAAUUAUGGUAAAAGCUAGGAGUCAGUUUAAGGAACGUAGCACUGCCACCAAUGUCGAGAUUGAGUUGCCCGUUCCUGUUGAUGCAACCAAUCCUAAUGUUCGAACGUCAAUGGGAUCUGCAUCAUAUGCACCUGAAAAAGAUGCAUUGAUCUGGAAAAUUAGAUCCUUCCCCGGAGGCAAGGAGUAUAUGUUAAGAGCAGAGUUUCGCCUUCCCAGUAUAACAGAUGAGGAAGCAGCUCCUGAAAGAAAAGCUCCUAUACGCGUGAAAUUUGAGAUACCGUAUUUUACUGUUUCUGGAAUACAGGUAAGAUAUUUGAAGAUUAUUGAGAAGAGUGGGUAUCAGGCUCUUCCAUGGGUGAGAUACAUAACAAUGGCGGGAGAGUAUGAGCUAAGGCUUAUUUAAGGUCUUGUAUUUGUUUUUAGUGACUGCGUCAUCUUCAACGAUCAGCGAAUUCAAACAGGUGGAUGGGGUUUGGGACUCUUUAGAGAAGUUGGAAUUUAUUUGACCAAAUAUCUUUCUCUUCAUGAUAAUCAUUUUGGUAACAGAUUGUAAGUUGCUCACUGUCUAUAAAGUUCACACCAAAAUUCAGGAAUUCGCAAGCGAGAUUGUACCUUGUGUAGUCCUUUUCUCCAAUAUGUUUUUGUUGAGAAAAUGUUUGUUUUUAAUCCUCUUUUUGGCUUUUUAUUCACUAUCUGAUUUCAUCUUUUUCCAUUGUCUUCACAUAGUAAUUUGAUUUGAUUAAUGUAAGAGAAUCUUUAGAUUUUGUAUUCAGAUGCUUUCUACCUUUAGUCAUUUACAUUGUACAA